AUGGGCAAAGCCCACAAACUGUACAGUAACAUUCACAUAAGAAACACUGUGUACACUGAAAUUGGCAUCGGUGUCAGUGCCAACACCCUUCUUCUUCAAGUCCACGUCUCCUUUCACAUUACCAGGCACAGACCUAAGCCCACUGACCUGGCCAUUGGUCUCUUGGUGCUAAUUCACCUAUCAAUGCUGCUCAUCAAGGGUUUCAUAGAUUCAGAUAUUUAUACACCUCAGGGGGAAAGGUGGGGUCAUGUGAAAUGUAAAUUGCUUAUCUACCUGUACAGGUUGAUGAGGGGCUUCUCCCUCUGUGCCACCUGCCUGCUGAGUGUCCUCCAAGCCAUCACCCUCAGCCCCAGGAGCUCAUGCUUGUCAAAGUUCAAACAUAAAUCCACACGACACAACCUGUAUUUUCUUCUCUUCCUGUGGGAAUCAUGGCUAUUGCAAAUGGUGGCUGUCUUGUGCAGGCAUAAGAGGCAGUCCCAUAAUCUUCAUAGCACCAGCGUGUCCCCAGUAUCAUCCCCAGAACUGAGGGCUACGUGGACAAUCCUGCUGCUCUUGAGUUGCUUUGUGGUCAUGUCCAUCUUGGACAUCAUUAUCUCCUAUGCAAAACUCACAGUGAAUGAUGAUCCAAUAUUGUACUGUAUCCAGAUCCUCGUGGCCCAUAGCUAUGCUUCAUUCAGCCCUUUGGUGUUCAUUGCUACUGAAAAACGUAUUAUUAGUAUUUUGAGAUAUAUGUGGG